AUGGCUCUACCAAGCCUGUGGGUUUGUCUUUAUUUGCUCUCCGCAGCAUUUGUCGCCGCCGAAAACCGUUUUCGCCGGCCACCUGGUCCAGGUCUCGCCUAUGACUACCGAGACAACAACGCUUACACAAUAGGAGACAUUAUAGAUCUCCACUGGGACAUGGAAUACGACUCUGCCAGGUUGAUAUUAUGGCAAGAAUCGGUAGGAGGCGGAAGCACUUUAGACUACAUCGAUGUCGUAGCGAGCACCUCCGCAAAGUCGAUUAACUGGGAAGUCUCCAUAAAGGACUUCCCUAAUCCGAAACUCAGCAACCUCUACUUCUUCGAAUUACUCGGGCCAGGCAAAGAACCGGCAAACUGGGGCGUCACCUGCCACUAUUUCAACAUCACCGAAACCCAAGUAAUACCCCAACCAAGCAAUACCUCUGCAGCAACACCACUGCCGACGACGAAAGAUCAAGGCCUAUCGUCGGGAGCUGCAGCAGGCAUUGCGGUUGGAGUUACUUUUGCUGCAGUGUUGGGCAUGGGCACUAUCGGGUGGCUUUUGUGGCGUCGACGACAAGCGAGAAAAACCCCGAUCGCACAAGCUGAGAAGCACAGCCUUGAUGGGAGCCAGCAACAACAGUAUCACUAUGCCCAAGCCCCUGGAUGGCAGCCAGAACUGCCAGUUGAGGGGCAUGGCUUGUAUGAAAUAUCCGCCAGCAGCAUGAAUGUCAGAUACGAGAUGGCAUCUCACCAAGGCAUAGGCCAGGCAGAAUUUGGAGACGACAGACCAAAAGCUUUCGCAGAUAUGCGCUGA